AUGCGUUCAAUCUGUCAACAUUAUGCCUCUCCUCGGUCAGCUGCGAGCAUCGCAACCCUCCUGAAGGUGUGCAAGAGUAGUGAACAUCUCCAGCAAGUCCAUGCUUGCAUCAUCAAAAGAGGUCUCGAGCAAGAUCACUUCCUCAUUUCCCACUUCAUUUCCCUCGCCAACUCUCUUGCCACUCUCGCUUAUUCUGUCGCCGUCUUCGAUCGCCUUCUCAUGCCUACUUCCUUCCUCUGGAACACUCUCAUCAAAUUCCAUUGCCAAAAGAGUUCUUUUUCCGAUACCCUCUCUGUUUUUGUUCGCAUGAAGGCAGAUGGGGCUCUUCCCGAUAGCUACACAUACCCUUCAGUGAUUAAAGCCUGUUCCAUCAUGUGCAAUGCCCGGGAAGGAAAAUCGGUCCAUGGGUCGGCUUUGAGGUGUGGAGUGGAAGGGGAUCUCUUCGUGGGCACCAGCUUGAUUGAUAUGUAUGGCAAGUGUGGGGAGAUUGGUGAUGCUCGCAAGGUGUUUGAUCGAAUGUCUGAGAGAAAUGUGGUUUCUUGGACGGCUGUGGUUGUUGGGUAUGUCACUGUUGGGGAUAUAGUGGAGGCAAAGAAGAUGUUUGAUGUGAUGCCGCAGAGGAAUGUGGCUUCCUGGAACGCGAUGAUGCGAGGGUUUGUAAAGGUGGGAGAUUUGAGCAGUGCUAGGGGUGUGUUUGAUGCUAUGCCUGAAAGGAAUGUGGUUUCUUUCACGACCAUGAUUGAUGGCUAUGCGAAGGUUGGUGAUAUGGCAGCCUCAAGGUUCUUGUUUGAACAAGCUACGGAAAAGGAUAUUGUUGCAUGGUCUGCUUUGAUAACAGGGUACGUCCAGAAUGGUCAGCCUAAUCAGGCGUUGAAAGUCUUUCUUGAGAUGGAAUCAAAGAAUGUGAAGCCUGAUGAGUUCAUAUUGGUUAGCUUGAUGACGGCUUCAUCUCAGUUGGGUUGUUUAGAACUGGCUCAAUGGGUUGAUUCUUAUGUAAACAAUAGCUCUAUUGAUCUUCAGCAAGACCAUGUAAUUUCAGCACUUCUGGAUAUGAAUGCAAAAUGCGGAAACAUGGAAAGGGCAUUAAAAUUGUUUAAAGAAAUGCCAAAACGGGAUUUAGUCUCAUAUUGUUCAAUGAUACAAGGGUUGUCAAUUCAUGGGCGUGGCGAAGAGGCGGUGAAUCUAUUUAACAGGAUGCUGAUGGAAGGGCUAACUCCGGAUGAAGUGGCUUUCACAAUCAUCCUGACAGUUUGUAGUCAUGCCGGCCUUGUUGACAAGGGUUGGAGCUACUUCCAGUCCAUGCAGCAAAAAUACGGCAUGAGUCCUUCCCCUGAUCACUAUGCAUGUAUGGUUGAUCUUCUAAGCCGGUCAGGGCAAUUAAGGGAUGCUUAUGAACUUAUAAAAUUAAUGCAUGUGGAGCCUCAUGCUGGUGCCUGGGGUGCACUUCUUGGGGCAUGUAAACUAUACGGUGAUUCAGAAUUAGGAGAGAUUGUUGCUAAUCGACUUUUUGAGCUUGAGCCUCAAAAUGCAGCUAACUAUGUGCUGUUGUCUAACAUCUAUGCAGCAGCAGAGCGAUGGAUAGAUGUUUCCCUUGUGAGAGAUAAGAUGAGGGAAAGGAGAGUGCGGAAGAUACCUGGUUGCAGUAAAAUUUAGUCCAGAGCUGAAUUCUUUGGGUAUUUUAAGCUUUCACAAUUCCAUGUAUCAAGUUCUCAAUUGGUUAAUUUGGUUGCAGAAAAUGGAAAGUGAUGUAAUUCUUUUGCAGUUGAUCUGGAAGCUAAACAGUUGCUGUAUGAUUGUUAAAUUGUAAAUGGAGUUGACGGGAUUAAAGUUUUUUCCGGUUUUCAUUUACUGCCAUGUAUCAACUAAGCUUGGGGUCUUAAUUUUGAGAAACAGGUUUUUACACAGCAACUUCAUUGUUGCUCUGGAUUUUUUGAUACUGGAACUGCGAAACAAACAGGUCGGAUGCAAUUCUUGGUGAUGUAUUG